GUUAGGAUCGAUAUUGGUAAACGAAGAUUGUUUUGAAUCUAAUCAGAACAUGUAACAAAAGCCUCUGUUGGGUCAGAUUUUUAUCAAUUUGUGAUGGUCUUUUCUCGUUUACAUAAAAGACUGAACAGCAUAUGUAUUUAAUUAGGAGUUGUCAUCAUGAUAAGGGAUUAUGGAUAGCUCCGAAAGUUAUCCAUCGUUUUAUACUUUUCUUAUUGGCGCUUUCUUUAUACAUUUUUGUUUACUGUUCUUUGAUUUCUUCUUUAAAAGCUGUUCCCACUAUCCAUAUAUUUACUUUCUGACAAACACUGGAAUUCAAAUUAAUUCUUUACGUAUUACAUGGUUUACAUCAUUUUUCAAUAGGCAAAUUCAAAAAUGGGGUACAGUGAGACCAAGAGUUCAGACAGCAUGGUUUUCUGCAGGAAUGUGGGUAUCAGUUUUAAUAAUGCCUAUAUCAGUGUUUUUAGUGAUCCAUACUAUAUUUUCAAUGAUGAGAAGUUCCCUUCAAGAUGAAAAAUUUUUUCAACAAACCUUAUUAGUUGUGGAACCGCUGGUACCUGGUUGGAAUUUACCUGCCUCAGACUUUGGAUACUAUCUUUUAGCAUUGUUUAUCUCAAGUUUAUUACACGAAUUGGGUCAUGCUAUGGCUGCUGUGAGAGAAGAUGUUCAUUUGGUUGGAUUUAGUUUAACAAUAUUCUUUGUUAUUCCUGUUGUUUUGACUCAUCUUGACCAAAUAGAUACCUUAUCAUCUGUAAGGCAAUUACGAAUUUAUUGUGCUGGAGUAUGGCAUAACAUAUUUUUAGCACUAGUUACUGCAGUGGUUGCAACUGCUUUACCUUGGUUUCUUUUUCCAUUUUAUGAUUUUGGAACUGGAGUUCAAAUUGAAAAUAUUAUAAAGGACUCUUCAAUAUCCGGCCGAGGGGGACUUAUGGUUGGUGAUAAAAUCACCCAACUGAAUGAUUGUCCAGUACAUGGUAGCACAAGUUGGCAGGAAUGUCUUGUGUUAGCUCUUCAUGAUAGCAAUAGAGGAUUUUGUAUCCCUGAUAGCUUUAUCAGAGAACAUGAUGAAAGUGUUCCAGCCAAACAUCUUUCAGAGAGUGUUAUUGAGUGCUGCAGUAACAAUAGUCCUCAUCACUUAUGCUUUGAAUAUGUUGGAAGUGAGUCUGAACCUCUUCCGUUACCUCAGCAUUCAUGUUUAUUCGCAAGAAAAGUUGUUGAGCUAUCUUCAUCUACAUGCCUUUCUGCUUCUGAUUGUCUUCCAUCUCUUCAUUGUUUUAGACCUUCACUUGAGAAUUCUACUAAGCUAAUAAGAAUUUAUAGGGCUAAAGGACCUGUUGUACUGUACCUAGGUGGCCCAUCAGAAAUUUAUAACUCAGUCAAAACCUCCGAUUUUAUUAGCCUUUACUCAUUUCUACCUUCAUCUCUGCCAGAUGCUCUCACUAAACUAUGCCAAUUCAUUACAAUUUUCUCAUCUGGUAUUGCUAUUUUGAAUAUCAUUCCCUGUUUUUACUUUGAUGGACAACAUAUUAUAAGAGCAACACUUGACAUAUUUUUAUCCUCAAAAGUACCAGUGUCUUCUGUAAGACAAGCAAUAUCACUGUGUGUUACUAUUUUAGGAACACUACUACUUAUUUUUUACACAAUCACAAUGCUCUUUACCUCAGUGUGAUCUGAUGAAAGUGUAAAUUUUUAACUAGUAUGCAUAUUUAUUUAGGAUAAUACUGUUCUUAUUGUUAACAUUGAAUCCUCCAAUAACUGAAAAUUAAACUCUUUAUUAUC